UUCAUCAAGACAGUGAUUUGAUACUUCAUACCUGAAACGAUUGAGUUAUUUUUCGUGUUCGAACUAAGUUUGCUAAUGUAAAGAUUUUACUUUGAAUGACCAGCAAAAAUUUUAACUAGCAACUUGAAUAAUCUAGCCAGAAAAUAGCCAUGUUGUCAAUGGCGCUGAAGUUGACUGUGUUUAUCCUCAUUUAUGCCAAGUUUACAAACUCACUGGAUGUUGGCGGACUUUUGGCAAGUGCUGGAACAACUGGUCUCUUGGCAGGCGGAUUUGACACCGACAUGUUUGACGGGGAUACAUCCACGUGUGCGACAGGGAAUCCUAUAGUAUUUGAACUGAAUCAGCCGAUUAUUCUCUCAGCUGUCGCCGGAGUUUUUAUUGAGGCAGCCAAUCAAACGCAGAUGUCCCAGGAUUUGUAUGUAAUAGUUGAGGGCGGUCCUAAAGAGGGGGCAGCCGCUGGCAGUGUGACACAAUGUGGAACUGGAAUAGGACAACAACUGUUCACUCUAAACCCUCUUGGCACAUUCCCUGGAACCUAUUGUCCGUCUGGAAUUUACACAGACAGAAUCGUACUGCAAUCCGACGAUGGAGCUGAUUUUUUAGCUUGUGAAGUGGCUAUUAUUGGAUGGCGGAAACCGAACCCAAUCUACCCGAGUACAGUAAACAGGACAUAUUAUUUCACACAAUCAAACCAGUUGUGGGUACCUUACUUGAAGAUAAAAUGGCCCGCCUUGGAAGAACCUACGUGCCCCCAUACAAGAUUCUUCAAGGAUUUCGACAAUGUUGGCACCGAUGUUGAUGACGGCGUAAUUCGAUUUGAAGACUACGAAAAUUUUUUGAACAUUUUCGACGUCGAAGCCAUGAAGAUUAAUCGGCUGGACACUUACAACGUGACGCUGCGCAGGAUAUUCUCAGACGGCGCUGCAUACUUUGGACAAGGCGCACUGUCGACUAUUUCGGGGGAAAUAGAGUCCAUUUCAUCAUUCUUCUCCGUUUCUCGAAGUCCAAUUUGUUGGGUGGGCACAUGCUAUGAGAGCGAGAGUAGCCAACAGUGUUCGGCCAGAUUCUCAACUGCAUCAUCUAAUGACUUCACACAAACUGACUGGCUGCCUAUAAUGGGAAAUACUGGAGUGUGCUUUGUAAUACUGGUAUACACAGAAGACACUCGCAUCCUAGAUUAUCCCAAGAAGAAUUACUUAGGGAUUAUCCAAGAGGAUGCAAGACCCUCUGAAACUGUGGAUGUUCCCGGAAUACCCGAUGGAGUUCUGUUCGAAGGUCAAUCCAGCUGCUACUAUGCCUGCGUCAUCGGCAUUUACAAUUUCGCCUUACCGGCGAACAGUUCGGUACUUCCUGUGGUAAUCGAGGACCGUCAAUGUGCUCAGGCAUCUAGAAACUACUGUUGCGAUACUGACUGGUGUUUCGAUCCGACAACAUUCAAUGACGCUUCCUCGUCAAGUUUCAACAAACAGUGUAUCAACAUAAUGAGAAGAGAGAACAUUGCCGCAUGGGAAAACACAAAACUUUGCCUAUUCCCAGCGCCCACUCACUUUGUUCUGUAUCACUUUGAAAACGGGGAUGUAAUGGGAGCAGAAGUCCACUUCACAAUUCACCCGGACAUACCACAAUUCACUUCAAUCAAUAUGCAACUGUUCAACUCGUCCAAUUCCUCGACUACAGCCAUAGACGAAGUUACAUGCACAAGUGCUUUACCUUUCGAGGGUGGACACAGUUACUUCUGUGAGUUGCAGAAUCUGCAGCCCAGUACGGUUUAUUAUGUCAAACUACAAGGGUACAAUUCGGAUGCUGAUGAUUUGGUCAGUGGAGGAGCUAGCACAGGUCUGACAGCAUGGUCCCAUUUUGAACGAGUAGAAACAGGAACUCGUAAAACUGUCAUAUUGGAGGAAAAAUGGAAAAAUUCGACCUCAGUGGAAGUAGCAGUUAUCACUAAUGAAUCCAUCGCCAUUUCAAGUGUUGGUUGCAUUGACUCUAGGGGACGUCAUUGCAAUCAAGAUUACUUGGUGACUGAAGAUAAUCCAGGGGAAGUUUCGGUUAUUCUUCACAAUUUGACUCCAGCUGAACUUCACACAAUAACAUUGACCUUGGACAUUAAUAACGAUACAGGUUACAUCAAGGAGAUUAACGUUUGCAUGGUGCCUCGAGGGAUAGACCUAUCGUCUCUGGUGAUGACAGAAAAAUCGGAUCAUGUUCUAUUCGGUGCCGCGCCAGGCUCCGAUGUCAAAGCGAUCGAUGGAAGAAUUGACGGUUUCAGAGUGCAACUAAUACCCGCCAUUAACUCGACAGCGUUUGUGAUUGGCGAAGAACGAGCAACUACCAAUGCAAGCAUUGCUGCUAGAUUUUCGCCAGCUGCAGUUUUUACAGUACACGUUGAGAGCUUCAUAUCAAGUUGCGAAAAUCUUACUUCUACUGAAAUUGCUAGCUUCCAAUACUGCUCCUGGCCUGAUCCAGUUCAAAACCUUACACAAGCAGAAUCAAACAAAACAGCAAUCAAAUUGUCUUGGAUUGUACCCAACUCCGGAUCUAUCGUUCCAAAUGCUUAUCAAGUUGUCAUUCGAACCUUGACAGGCCAGACUUUAAUUGAUACUACACUUUCUGUUUCAAAUGAAACAGAUAACUUAAUCUCGUUUGACUCCUCGACCAUCCGAGAUCUCUAUAUCGCCACUGAGUUUAUUUGUUCUGUGCGAACAAUAAUUCCGAUGUUGUGUCGAUACGAUGACGACUUUCAAGAUUUUGACGUUGUUACUAAUGCCAGUACUCUUCAAGUUGCAUGUGAAACUAAUGGUUUUGGCGGUCAACCACUGAAUCAAAGCUUCUAUUUCCUCAGGGAUUUCUUUAACCAUCCCCCUAUGAUACCUACUUUUUAG